ACAGAUUGAGCCUCGGCUCGCUCGGUAGCCCCGCAAGACAAUCAAUUUAAAGGGCGGCGCAAACGGAAUUAACUGCUUUCUGUUUGUUCGAGUCAAUUAACCGUCGUUAUUGUGUGUCUCCUGAGUCCAUUAGAUUCUUUAUCGCGAAUCCAAACUUGAAAUCACCGUUACGAUGUCGGCGCCUGGAGCUGGUCACGAAUUCGCGUCUAAGGAAGUUUCCUGGCAGAAACGCGAUGUCUUGCUGUUUGCAAACAGCAUUGGCUGCAAGGCCGAUGAAUUACAUUUUCUAUAUGAACUCCAUCCCAACUUCUCCGUCUUCCCAACUUACCCUUUGAUCCUCCACACACUAACUUCUCGUAAAGCCUUCAAACUCACUGACCAGGAAGUCACCGACUUCUACGCGCGUUCACAGGCGUCUCCGGUUCCCGGUAUCCCGGACUUCGACUACCGCCGCGUAGUAGAUGGUCAACGGAAGCUUACCAUCCUGAAGCCCCUUCCAACAACAAGCGCCGGCAAGAAGUUUGAAUUGUGGAAUAAGGUUCUCGGUGUUUACGACAAAGGAAAGCCUGGAACGGUUAUGGAGACGGAACAAUCGAUUGUGGACAAAGAGACCGGAGAAGUGUACUCGAAGACUGUGAGCAGCAACUUUUUUGUUAGUCAGGGGAAUUGGGGUGGACCGAAAGGUCCAAGUACCGUAAGCUACACACCCCCGGAGGGUAAAAGCCCAGACGCUAUCGAUGUGGUUCAGACUACUAUGGAGACCGCUCAUCUUUACCGUCUCAACGGCGACUAUAACCCUCUGCACGCUACCCCAGAGCCUGGUCAGAAGAUGGGUUUUGGAGGUAUCAUCAUCCACGGCCUGUUCAGCUGGAACUCUGCUGCCCAUGGAAUUCUGCGCGAGCUGGGAGGAAGUGACCCCAAGAACCUCAAGGAAUUCCAGGCCCGGUUUGCUUCGCCUGUCAGACCAGGCGACAAACUUAUCACGGAGAUUUGGCGGAUGGGCAAUUUCCAGGACGUUUAUGAAGAAGUCCGGUUCGUGACCAAGAAUGACAAGGGCAAGGCCGUUUUGAGCAAUGGCCGUUGUCUGUUGAAGGUUGUUGGUCCGAAGAGCAAGCUCUGAGCGAUAUAACUCAAGGAUGAAUAUUUACAGAUUAUCUAUUUAACCAUUAUCUAUAUAUUAUAUAUAUAUGAAAGAAAAAAGAAAACAGUCCUUGCAU